AUGCAUGGGGGCUUUGAGGCACACCACUUCGACGGCGCGGCUCGGGCGUGCACAAACCUGCCCUCCGCCCGAGAUCGCGAGGCACAGCGCUUCUGUGAUGUAGCUGUGCCCUUCACCAACGUGCCCUCUCUCGGGCAUCGAGCUCAUCUGGGGCACCAGCUCGAUGGGGCUUCGGUGCCCUCGAGCCCCACGACACAAACCCUCUCGGGCUGCCCUGAAACUGACGUCGGACGCCGGUUCUGCACUCCACUGCUGGUCUCCGCUUCUGCGCCGACACCAGCUCCUGUCGUGCUUCACACGCCUACGGUGCAGGCGCCGGAAGAACCCAAGGCAUCCAUCGCUGUGCUCGAUGACCAGUUUCAUGAGGGACACAACCUCGACGCUGAAGACACUCGCAGCAACCUCUCCAACGAGAGCAACGCGGAAGGCCGCGCGGCAGACGACACCGGCCGCGAGCAGGGUUUUCCGCCAAGGAUCUCGAAUUCCGCGACGUUACCAGAGACCACGACCACUUUCGCGCAGGUGCCAGCACCUCUGGUGUCUGGCGCGCCUUUCGCGAGUGUACCGGAAGAUCUCAUGUCACGCACCACUGUGCUUACAGAUCAACCGGAGCCGCUUCCAGAGCAUUCCUUGACCAAAUGCGCGCCACAUAACUUCACAAGGGACGAGCGCGAGAAUGUGGCCCUGUGGAUAAUCCCAGAGCUCAUUGAAAUACGAUCUUCUUUCCCAAAGAAACCUGCACUAGAGCCCCCAGCCAAGGAACCCGGUGUCUGUUCUCGGAUGCUGUUCCGGCAAGCUUCUUUGGCCGUGCCGCGUCCGCCGCUUACUCCGCGACACAGCCGAAGCCCACCGCCAGAUGUAUGUAUGGCAGCUGUCCACAAAAAGUUGCUGAGUGGCCGAGACCCACCACCGCGAUACAGUCGGUCUCGUCCUCCAGAUCCACCGCCCCCGGCUGGAGUAGCCUGUGCUGCUCCGCCACCUCCCAAAGAGGGCCAGCAGACUCGCGAGCGUGCCGGACCCCAGGCCACUGCAAGCGCAGUUAGGCCAGAAGCUGCCACGAACGUGCCUGCUGAGCGGGCACUACCCACCACCUCGGAAGAGGUGAUGGAUACAACUAACACUCCCCCGGCGUCUCAGACGCCAAAGGAACGGCGCAGCUCUUUGGAGCGCUACUCUACUGUGCUCAUCGGCGAUGAAACGCGGACCAGUUGGAUACCUGCCAAGUCCUGCGCGUCAGCGGCGGCCGCGUCCAGGAAGCGGACGGGCCCUUACUGCGACUAUGACAGCGAGGAUGUCCACUCACUGACAGGUGAGGGGUCAUCUGAUGACGACUUCGAACUUGUAUCAAGCCGAAAGGCGAAGAGGCGCAACACCAGGCCAUCUUCGUACCCGAACGUACCAAAUGAAGAAGCGCCGCGAAGGCCCGAGGCCAACACCAUCAUCUUCUUCCUGCUGUCCCCAACGGCAACAUGA